AAUAACUAUCAUGUCAGCCAUAUUAAAAUAUAUGGGUAUAAAAAUAUAAUUUAACCUAAAAACCUAAUGAAAAGGAAAGUGGAGCAAUAUUAGUAGUACAGAAUACAUAGAUAAAUGCAAAAAAAAUGUUUUGUCCAUCGGUAUGGGAAUUUAAGCCCAAAAAACCAUUAUUUCAUGAAGAGGCUGGUGAAAUAAUACGUUUAUUAAAUAAUACAAAUAAUAUUUUAAAUAGACAUCAUUUUAUUCAUUUGAUUUCCGUUGUAUUACCGGACACACCUAAUAUACCUGAAUGUAUUACAAAUUUGGUAACAGAUGAUUGUGAUUAUUAUAAAGUAAAAGAUUUUAAUUUAAGUGAUCUCAUAAACAAUGAUUUUAUACAUUCGUUUAUUGAAAAUGGCCAAUUAACAGCUUUAAGUAUUGACACGCAUUUAGAUAUCGAUGAUUGUGCUGUAAUUACAUCCAAUGGUACAUUAAUAUUAUCAUUAAAUAAGGAAUCGUUUCAGUCACUUGGUUUGGAUGGUAAACCACAUUCAAGGCAUAAACAUCGAUUUUGUGUAACAAUCGAUUUAAAAAUGGAAACAAACAUGGAAAAACGUAAUAUGCAACGGGUACAAUGGUGUUUAAAGAACAAUCUAAAAAAAUUCACAAUGUUAUUCACAUGGAAACCACCCGAAGAGAAGAUAUGUCCAUCGUCAGUGGCACAAUAUCUUGCAUCAUUAGGCUAUGAAAUAGUUUUAUGCAAACCAAAGAACACAACACGUAAAGAUUAUAAUGUGGCUGUACCGUUAAUCAAUAAUUUUGAUAAAGAUGAUAGUGAUCCAUCAUACGAAUUGGCUGAAUUAACUGAAUGGUUGGGAAUGUAUAGUUUAGGUGCAGAUUUAGAAAUUGGUGCUCCAAACAAUUAUGUCACAACAUAUGAAGUACCAACACCAAAUCGUGUUUAUGGACAAGUCAGCUUUUUAAAAUGGACUGGAUUUUUUUCACAUCAUGUAGUAGUUAAUUUAUGUAAUGAGUUAAGGAAAUAUGUACUAACUCGUAAAAACUUACCAUGGGUUUCGUUAUACGUACAAUGUUUUUCGGAUGCACCGUUGAGUGGGGAAGCAGCGCAUGGCACUGAAAGUAGUUCUUAUACAAUAUUUUUAAUGCCCAAUGGGUACUACCACAUGGUGACACAAACUGAUCCUCAUUAAAAUAUUUUUGUUUUUUAUUUUUCUUUUAUACUUUUAAUUAUUUUUAAAAAAAAUAAUGUGUUUAUACUUACAAGGAAUUUCGAACGUCUCUUAUCGCUGAUAUUUUUUAAAGAAAUUUGAAUUGUACUAGGUGCCAAAAGAGCACAUUUAUUUGUAAAUCGUUUUGCAGAUGUUUGACAAUAUUUGCAUAUAUAAAAAUGACAUUCAAUCGAAAUGUUUGUAAAGAAUUUUUAUUUUAUUUUAAAUUGAUUAUAUUAUUUUAAUUUAUUUACUUAAAUUGAGAAUUGUUUAAUACAUAAAUGUUUAGAAACGUCCAAUUCCUUGUGCAACAAGAUUGGCCAUUAAAAAAGGAGAAUAUUUUGAAAAGAAAAUUGUAAUUGUACAUUUUUUAGAAAUCGUCUAAAGUUGAACUUUAGAAGAAUUCCAGUUACGAACGAACUAUCGCCCAAAAAACAAAUAUUGAAAAAUUAUUAGAAAAGAAUCUAAGAUCCAUAUGGAUUUAAAAAAUACAGAUCAAAUUCAAAAUUAUUUACAACUCAUAAAGAUACAUUCGCGUAAAGCACAUACCUUUGUAGUUGGGAAAAACAAACAGUUUUACGUAGCAUAAAAUACACGUUAAAUAGAAUAUGGUAACACAAUCAUUGUACGCAGGAGAUCGUCAAAGGUAGAGACCAUAAUAAAGGUAAUCUCAGUAGAGGCUAAUGUUGUCAAACAGCCUACCUAACGAGAUUUGUUAUGAGACGUGACUGAAAUUUUUGCGUUACAUUACGAAGAAGUGGAAAUGAUUAAUAGUUCCCCAAGCCUACUAUGAUAGAUUAUUUAAAAAAAAAAACGAGCGAGCCAGUACAGUAGUCCCAUAUGAUAUGUAACAUAACAUCUGACAUGUUAUCCUACUAUGAAAGUGAGAUGAAAUAUAUGUGAAGUCAAAAUUUGAAUUAGCUUGAUAAAUGUUUAAAAAUCAAAAAUAUUAGAGAAAAACAAAAUUACUCGUGUAUUAAUUAGUUUCUUUUUAAUUGAAGAAACUUAAUCACAAUGUUAGCCACACAUUGGACACUCGGUAUGAUAGCACACUCAGUACGUUGGACACUAAAAGCAGUUCAGUAGAGUGAUCUAGGUUAGUUGUUUAGAUAUUAGUUGUUUUGGUGCGCGAGACCACUAGUGAAGUAGGCUAUGAUUGCCUGGUGUUGUGUGCACCUCAAGAUUCAAAAGACAUAAACACUAACACGCUUACAAUGUGUUUAUACAUUGCGUUCUCCUCUAUUUCUCUUUCUCGUCAAGUCCCCAUACACACGCUGUUGUGUUGUACACACACAAGCUGUUGUAUUUAAAUAUAAAUGAAAUUAAAUAGCCUCGCGCGCUACUCCAGUUUUCGUUUAUUAUCCAGUCAAAUUAGUUCAUAAAAUAUAAGUAAGGUUACAAAAAUUCCCAUAGAGCUAAAAUUGGUAUAAAUGUCCAGAAUACUAUUAUAAAUGAAUUGUGAAAAGUCCCCAUCAAUCCCACUUGUGCAAAAAAUUUUAUUGAGGGGGGGAAGUUUGCAAAAAUAGGCUUUUCGUGUUUUUCAGCAAAACGAUGAGUUUCACAGCAAAAAAAGUUCAGACAAAAAUUAUAGAUAAUCCGAUUCUCUACCAAAAGUGUCUCUACACCUUUUUUCAUAAGUAUUGACACAUAUCCGUCUCUUUUUACUACCACUGCUUAGAAAAUACCUAAAUCACUACCACAAAAAAAUAUACAAUAAUACAAAAUUAUGUAUGGGUUUUAAAGUAUGAAUUAGUUUUUCCCAACUAAGGUACUGUCUAUAGCGGAAUGUG